AUGCGAAUGCGCGUUCGAGGACCCUCGGGUCAAUCGACAGUGACGUUAGAUGAGUCUGCCACAGUGCAUGAUCUUCAGCGUGAAAUUGCACAGUGCACUAGCCUUACCUCCUUUGAUGUGAAAUAUGGUUACCCAAACCUCCAACCUCUCGACCUUGACCAGCUAGAGCCAAACCAGACCAUAUCUGACAUAGGGAUUAAUUUGAAUGGAGAGCAAUUGAUCGUGGCACAAAGAGAGACGCAAAGAGAGGCACAAGCCAGCAAUAUUCCCAUCAGCCAACCAGGUCCUGCUACCCAACAACCAGUACAGCAAACUUCGAUCUCGCAAACUUCGCAGCCGAGUGCAGACCAGCCGAGUGCAGACGACCCUCCUGAGAUUGCCUCACCCGACCAUGCAGGCACCUUCGUACUUCGUGUCAUGCCCGAUGAUAACUCCUGUCUUUUCCGCGCAGUAGGCGCUGCUGUCAUGGAUGAUAUGGAUACAAUGGUGGAGCUACGGUCGAUUGUUGCAGGGUCUAUUCAUUCAAACCCAGAUGAAUAUUCGGAAGCAAUAUUGGGCAAGAAACCAGAUGCGUAUUGCCAGUGGAUUCAAAACGAAGAGUCUUGGGGAGGCGCUAUCGAGCUCAAAAUUCUGAGCGAGUACUUCAACAUUGAAAUUUGUUCUAUUGAUGUACAAACACUUCACAUAUUUCAAUUCAACGAGGGUGCUCCGACCCGAUGCAUUGUUGUCUACUCGGGGAUCCACUACGAUGUUCUUGCACUCUCACCUUCUAAUCCUCCCUACACUCGUGCGAACCCUCUCGCCGAUGGAGACACUAAGAUUUUUGAAUCCGUGGACCCCGUUGUACUAAAGAAGGCAAAAGAACUGUGCCAAGUACUGCAAAGUAAACAUUACUACACCGACACGUCAGGAUUCCUUGUGCGAUGCAAUACAUGCGGGGGCUCCUUCACUGGCGAAAAAGGAGCGACGAAGCAUGCCUCCGAGACCGGUCAUUAUGAUUUUGGUGAAGCGACUUAG